GGGAAAGGAAAUAGCUGCGGGAGCCGCAUCCUGCCUGCGCUAGCGGCUCAAGAGGUGGAGGCAGAGAGGGCGGAGAAGGCAGAGAAGGGUGCCGCAGAGAAAAAAGUGUCAAAGCCAGUACGGCUUUAGAAUACGGUGAAGGAUACUUUUCAUGGUGCAUGGAAGGGAAGCCAAUGCGCAGGUGUACCAACAUUCGACCAGGAGAGACUGGAAUGGAUGUAACAAGCCGCUGUACCCUUGGAGACCCCAACAAAUUGCCAGAAGGGGUUCCCCAACCUGCUCGCAUGCCCUAUAUCUCAGACAAACACCCUCGGCAAACCUUGGAAGUGAUCAACCUUCUGAGAAAGCACCGGGAGCUAUGUGAUGUGGUGCUAGUUGUGGGCGCUAAGAAGAUAUAUGCCCACCGCGUCAUUCUGUCAGCCUGCAGCCCCUACUUCCGAGCAAUGUUUACAGGAGAGCUGGCAGAAAGCCGGCAGACAGAAGUAGUGAUCCGAGACAUAGAUGAGAGGGCCAUGGAGCUACUGAUUGACUUUGCAUAUACCUCCCAGAUAACUGUGGAAGAGGGCAAUGUUCAGACCCUCCUGCCUGCUGCAUGCCUCCUCCAGCUGGCAGAAAUACAGGAAGCCUGCUGUGAAUUCUUAAAGAGACAGUUAGAUCCUUCAAAUUGUCUGGGCAUUCGGGCUUUCGCUGACACGCAUUCUUGCCGUGAGUUGCUAAGGAUUGCAGACAAGUUCACCCAACAUAACUUCCAAGAGGUAAUGGAGAGUGAAGAAUUCAUGUUACUUCCGGCCAACCAACUCAUUGAUAUAAUAUCUAGUGAUGAGCUCAACGUCCGCAGUGAAGAGCAAGUGUUCAGUGCGGUGAUGGCCUGGGUCAAGUACAGUAUUCAGGAGAGACGUCCCCAGUUACCCCAGGUGCUGCAACAUGUUCGCCUGCCUUUGCUUAGUCCCAAGUUCCUGGUGGGCACCGUAGGCUCUGACCCCCUCAUUAAAAGUGAUGAAGAAUGCAGAGACUUAGUAGAUGAGGCUAAAAACUACCUCCUGUUGCCUCAAGAACGACCACUAAUGCAAGGGCCCAGGACCAGACCUCGGAAACCUAUCCGAUGUGGGGAAGUACUCUUUGCAGUUGGUGGCUGGUGCAGUGGAGACGCCAUUUCCAGUGUUGAGCGCUAUGAUCCCCAGACCAAUGAGUGGCGAAUGGUAGCUUCAAUGAGUAAAAGGCGAUGUGGCGUUGGGGUCAGUGUUCUUGAUGACUUGUUGUAUGCAGUAGGUGGCCAUGAUGGAUCCUCAUAUCUCAAUAGUGUUGAAAGAUAUGACCCCAAAACAAACCAAUGGAGCAGUGAUGUGGCCCCCACAAGCACCUGCAGGACAAGCGUUGGUGUGGCAGUCCUCGGAGGUUUUCUCUAUGCGGUGGGUGGACAAGAUGGUGUCUCUUGCCUCAAUAUAGUUGAGAGGUAUGAUCCAAAGGAGAACAAGUGGACCCGGGUGGCUUCUAUGAGCACUAGAAGGCUAGGAGUGGCUGUGGCCGUGUUGGGAGGGUUCUUAUACGCUGUAGGUGGCUCUGAUGGGACGUCUCCACUCAACACAGUGGAGCGCUACAAUCCUCAGGAAAACAGAUGGCACACCAUAGCGCCUAUGGGGACCAGAAGGAAACACCUCGGCUGUGCAGUGUACCAGGACAUGAUCUAUGCUGUGGGGGGUAGAGACGACACUACAGAGCUCAGCAGUGCUGAAAGAUACAACCCCAGAACCAACCAGUGGUCCCCUGUGGUGGCCAUGACAUCCCGCAGGAGUGGAGUUGGCCUGGCCGUGGUCAACGGACAGCUCAUGGCAGUAGGGGGUUUUGAUGGCACAACAUACUUGAAGACCAUUGAAGUUUUUGACCCAGAUGCUAAUACAUGGAGGUUAUAUGGAGGAAUGAAUUACCGUCGGCUAGGAGGUGGUGUAGGAGUUAUUAAAAUGACACAUUGUGAAUCCCAUAUAUGGUGAACACAGAAAAAAUCUUGCAUAAGCUCCUUUAUAUUUGGAAGAGCCUUGACUUCGAAGCUUUGUACAGCUCGAGAAAACAAUAGAACAAAUUCUAUCCUUUGCCGGUGCCUCAGCAUUCAGAAAUACCAGGCUAACAAUGGAACUCACCUGCAAAAUGCCAUCUUUGCACAAUGCCUUUCCGCUCUGUGCAGAAGAGUAUUUAUUUUUGGCUUUAAUUUAUCAUGGAGUUUUGAUGGAGAUUUUUGUUUGUUUUGUUGGUUUGGGUCCUUUGGGUUUUUGUUGUUGUUGUUGUUGUUGGGUUGUUUUUUAUUUUUUAUUUUUUAAUUUAUCCUUCAUACCAUGAAAAAAAAGGAGAAAAAAAUGGCAAAAGUUCCAAGCUGCAAAAUUGUCAUUGCUUUGUAGGCUUUGGGUUGGUGUUAAAACUCCUGGUAAGGGCAGAAGGGCUAUGUGUGACCUGGUGUCAUUCCUCUUAGACACUGUCCAUCUGCGGAGAUUGCCAGUGAUGAAAGUAAAAUGCUAGUGUAUGUGCUCGCUCCCGUUCCGCACUAAAUAGUAGCGCACUCCAAGUGUAAAGAGGGCUGGAGAUGUUCAGUAAGCGUGUGCUGCUUUUGCAGAGUUCAGCUCCCAGCACUUCUACCUGGCAGCUCACAACUGUGUGUAACUCUAUCUAGAUCAGUGGUCCUUAACCUUCCUGAUGCUGCAGCCCUUUAAUACAGUUCCUCAUGUUGUGGUGACCUCCAUCCAUACAAUUACUUUUGUUGCUAUUUCAUAACAGUAAUUUUUCUGCUGUUGUGAAUCAUGAUGUAAACAUCUGAUUACAGGAUAUCUGGUAUGCAGCUCAUCUGAAAGGGUCCUUUGACCACCCUACCCUGCACACACACGAAGAGGUCACGACCCACGGUUGAAAACUGCUGAGCUUGCUCCUCCAGGGCGCUCUUCUGUCCUCUGUAGGCGCCUGUAUUCCUGUGCAUUCAUAUACAUACACACACAUAUACCCAUCAAAUGCAAGUAAUUUUAAAUGAAUUUCUUUUAAAUGUAGAAGAAAAACUGAAUAAGAAGACAUCUCACUAAACGGGACAAUUAGGAAGGACUAUUAAACCUAUAAAAGCAGGACUCGAAUGCUACAGUUUGCAUUUUCUGGUGGGUACUCACAUCUGUCUAGCUGAACUUUCUUCCUACCCCAUUUCCCUUUUUUCUCUGUAAUGUUUUCAUAGAGUUUCUGCCACAUGUACCUAGGUCUCUGCUCAGGCCUCUUAUGCAAACAGUGUGAGGUUCAUUGAUUGUCAUCCUGAGAAUUGCAGUGAGAGCAAGUGGAGCUGUGUAAGAGUUGUGCCGACUGUCACCGCCUGUGCUUUCUUUCCUGCCCCCUCUUUGCCACCAAGGAGCAUGGGUCUUUCUCCAGCGGUAGAUUCUGCUUUUCACUUUACACUGGAUGUUCUGGCCUGGUGACUGAACCCUUACGAAGUAACAGCAAAGGAACGCUCCCCUUGUUGGCAGUGCGUGUGCAGGAGCACCGAGCCAGCAAAGCGCAGGGACAGAGCUGGGUCCUUACGCCGAUGACUGCUUGUUCAUCUCACAAGGCCACUGUCACUCUGCCUUAGGUUGCACUUUCUGAUGAAAGGUUAAAAUUGUUAAAGAAAUAAAUGAAAAAUUUAGUGCCUAAGGUCCCCCCCUCCCCCCGUUAUAGUCACAGACUGAGUUUUUCUUCUUUCAAUGUAUUUUGCAGGAAAACCUUUGAAUGAGACUUUAGCCACAACCAAAAGGAAUAACCUUUACCUUCUCUCUCUCCCCUGGCACCUUUUGUGUUUACAUUUAAACAUCAUUUGCACCUUUUUCAAGGAAAAAAAAUAAGUAUUUGGUAAACAAUUGUUUACAUGUAUCAUUUAUGCUUUUUUCUAGCAUGUAUAACUUUUUAAAAUAAAGGUAGUAUUUACCAUAAAAAAUGUUUUAAUUUUUAAA